AUGGACGUUGAAGCUAGAAAUAAAUAUUGCGGUCUCUUGAUGUUCACACCUUCGAUAGGUGCUUCUGGAACUAAGAAUAGUAACAACAUAGUAAACUAUGAUGCUACUUCUUUCUCAUUCUCUGAAUCAGAACCUUCAUAUAAUGAUUCGUCCUCUAUCGCCGCUGGCGCCGCAGCAACAGAUGAGAAUGAAAGUGGAAAAAAAUCUCCACCUGGAUGUUCAAAAGCUCAACUUGAAAAACGUCCUCCCCGUCCUCCCAACGCAUUCAUUCUCUAUAGAAGAGAAAAACAACCCGCUAUCUUGGCCGCUCAUCGUCAUCUUACUAACGCUCAAAUUUCAAGAUAUAUUGCGGAUUUAUGGAGAGGUGAAUCUAACGAAACUCGUUUACAUUGGGAACGAGAAGCUGAUAAGACUAAAUUGGAACAUAUGAAAGCAUAUCCCAAUUAUGUAUACCGUCCCAACAAGAAGGGGAAGAAUGAUAAGAAGCGUAGAGAAAGACGAAAAUCGUCCAAUCCAUUACUUUCCACAAACUCGGUGGAACCCGGUCCAUUCAAAGUAAAGAUAAAUAAAGGACAAAAUCGAAUGAAUCCUUUAAGCGGACAAGAUACAACAAAAGUUUCCGAUAGUUACCAAAGUUUGACGUCAACUUCGCCAAUUCAACAAGCCUUGGAAUCUUCAUACUGGAUGACUUCUAACAAUGGAACUAAUGAUGAUAUUCAACUUCCAGUUACACCUCAACAACAAUUCCAAGGCUUUGCAGAUUUAUGGGCAAUGAUUCCAUCACAACCGGUUGUGCUAUCUCCAAACAAUCCAAAUUUAUCGCACUUGUCUUUUCAAAAUAUCAAUGAACUUCCACCUACAUUUCGGGAAGAAAUCAUUGAUCCUUCUUCGAUAAUGCUUCUUAAUGAUAAUCCAUUUUUAGACCAAACCGUUUUCAUCAACACCAAAUCCUCAAACAAUAAUAACCCCAACACUGGUGUUGGUAACAAUCAAUAUGAUAAUAUUAUUCAUAAUCCAAUCGAUGAAAUAUUUGCAAGAAUGGAAUAUUUCAAAAACGAAUUACAUUAA